AUGGAUGAAUUAUUUCGAAAGGUUUUUAACAAUAAAUUUUUAUUUAUUCAUAUAUUCAAUUCCAAUAGAGAAUAUAUUGAUACCAGUGAUGCUAAAGGAUUCAGUUUUGGUAAUAAAAAGAAAUUUAAAGAUAUUUACCAAUUAAAAUGGUUUAUUGAAAAUGACCAAUAUAAAUUACUUAAUUGUAAAUUAAAGGCUGGUGAAGAGAUUAUAUUAGAUCAGUUCUCAUUGAAAAACCUAUUCAAUAGUAAAAGCCCAGCAGAUCAUUAUAGAAUUAAAAAUAAAGGUUCUUUUUCUACAAGAUACUGUUCCAGAUACAGAGGUUACUAUAGAGAGGGUGAUGAAGAAAUCUUCAAAACUAAAGCCAUGCAAAUGUUUCAAGAAGAGUCUGAAGCAAGAAAAGAAACAUUAUCAUUGCUAAUAAAUUUAUAUCCAAAGAAAUUAAAAGAAACAUGCUUUUUAAUUGAAACCUUAUUACUCAGAUCAAAUGUUGUAAGAGGGAUAUACAAGCCAAAUUUAGAACUACUUUUUAUAUUUACAAGCAAGCCAUUCUACUCUUCAAUUGAUAAACCCUUACUAAAGAAAAUUCUUGAAGAUAAUCAGUACAAAUACCGGGAUAUUAUAGUCGACUUUAUUAUGGAUCACCCAAACAUGUAUAAGCCAAGAGGAAAAGAUAAGCUGAUAUCAUUGAAAAUAUCUCAAUUUUUAACCAUCAAAAGCACCCGUACCCAAAUUAGAUUGUUAGAGUCUGGUUUUAUCUCAUUGAGUAAAAAGAAAACUAUAGAGUUGAAUAAUAGCAUUGGCGACAUUGGCGAUAGAGUUCAGGAUUUAUACAAACAAUAUUUUGAAUAUUACAAAAACUCAAGAAAAGAAAAACUCUUUGAAUUCUACAAUCUUGUUAAUGGACUAAAGUAUUUGGCAGAUUCGAAAUUUGAUAGAAAUUUGCUAUCUAAAAUAAACCAAGAAGUUAAAUUGCAAAAGUCUCACUUGGGUGUUUCAAAUGAUUUCAUUCAACUAUACACCAAAGAUGAAUUUUAUUAUAGGUUUAGAAAUAUUUCAACUGAUAUCGAGAUUAUCAAAUAUUUAAACAAACUGACUCAUGUAGAUAAUCAACUCUAUCAAUUUGCAGUAGAUUCAUUCUCAUUUGGUCAUGGUUUAUUCAAAUCUAAAGAUUUCCCAAAAUCUCUAUGGAGUACUUUAAAAACACUGGCAUCGCCAUUACCAUCUCAACUACUUAUUAAAGAUAAAGAAAUAAUUGACUGGAUUUUAGAAAAUCACCAACUCAUUACAGAAAUGCAUCAAAUGGUAUAUAAAUCAACUCCGAUUGUAAAGUAUCAAUCAAUAGAGUUAAUGGAAUAUGCAAAAGAAAAAUCAUCUGUCGCUAAAGUAGAAUUUUUAAACUCGGGACCAGUCUAUACAUACUUAUUCAGCAUGGCAAUCAAUGAUUGCAAUAUUGAUCAACUAAAAUAUCUAGAUUGUAACUUUAAUGAACAAAUUAAAGAGUUUGAUAAAAUUAUUAAAAGCAACUUAUCCACAACAGAUAAGCUAAUUAAGAAAUCAAUUCAAGAAAUAAAAAAAACCUUCGUAUCACAUCUUAGGGUGGCUCAAAAAAAAGAGGCAAAAAUCAAAUUUCAAAAUCAGGAUACUUCAAGUCUUAUUAGAUUAGUCAAUUAUUUAAACUCAACUCAUUUCAAGUUAUUUUCAUCGUCUUUAUUUAAAGAGUUUAUACAUUGUAUUGUUGAUAGUAAUAUUGGUGAAGAGGUUAUGGCUUUAAAUCAAUUAAAAAUCAAUUUUAAUCAAUUCCCAUCAGAAACAAACCAAUUAUACACUGAAUCAAUCACAGAUAUAAAGUCACCAAAAAUCAUUCAAUUAAUUUUAAAUAAUCAUUUUAACCCAUUUUCAUCAACAUCAAAAUUAGAAUCAUUUAAUGAAUACUGGCUUAUCAAAUCUAAAGAUAAAAGAGAUGGAAGUUAUUAUUAUUUUUAUCAUGGUUAUGCCUCUGAUGGUGAUGUUUAUCCCACAAAUCAAAGUUGUCUUUAUUUUUUAGGUGAUGAUGGGGAAAGAUUCCAUUGUACCUCUGGUGAAUCCUCAAGUGAAAUUAUAAAAUGUAUUAAUAUUGUUUUGGGCCAAUUCAGUAAUGCUAUUACAACCGCUAAAGAUGAUGACUACUUAAAACAACUAUCAAAUACAUUUCAAAAUAUUUUAAAUUAUUUAUUUAAAAGAUUAAUAAAAGUUUACCUAGUUAGUGGUGAUACUGUUGCAUAUGUCCAUCAGUUAAUAUCUAGGUCAUGGGAAGAUUCAACAAAAAACUCAAGUGUAAAACCGUUUAAAUUCGAACAUUCAAUUUAUCACUCAUAUUACUAUCUUGCUACCAGAUCUUUAAAAACAGUUCGAUUAUUGUUAUCAAUAUCCUCAACAUAUUUUAUCAAUCAAAAAACAGAUUUCGAUCUCGAAUCUAUAAACUAUGAAGAUGAAAUUGAAUUCAAUACUUUUCUAGAGAAAACUCCUAAUGUAUUAAAAUUCUUAAAUGUAAACCUCUUUACAUUUGAAUUUAUUUUUAAUUCAUCCAUUAGCAACCUUUUAGACACACUAAUCAAAAAACUAAUUGUAGAACCAUCUUUAGACUCAUCAAUACAAUGGGCAUUCAACAUAAAUCCAUAUAGCGAGAAUGUCACAUUAAUAUUAGAAUUCCUAAUGGAGGUAAAAGAAGUGGAUCUAUUUUUUAAAUAUUUAGAUAUCAUUCAGGGUCAAUUGGAAAAUAAAGAAUUUUCAAUAGGGGAAUUUCCAUAUACUUGUGAUGAAUCAGAUAUACUUGAUCAAGAUUGUAAAAUUAAUAAUUUUUAUCAAGAUUUAAAACCAACUUUUGGUAGAUAUUUUAUAUUUUCACCGAAAUUGGUUCAAAACUCUUUGGUCACUUUAGAUUCUGACUCGUUUUUCAAAUUUUGUAAAUUUUGCUCCUAUCUUUCAAUUAAAUAUAUGUCAAUUGAUUAUUUAGAUCAACCUGCCAGUGGUAAAAAUUUAGAUUUAUUAAAAGAAAUAUUGGAAUAUUUAAAAAACAAAUAA